ACGCUAAAAGCAAACAAAACAACAAAAUGGAUAUGCGCAGCUGGAAAAAAGUACUGUUGCAGUGGAUCACCGAAUGUGGUUUUAUGGAACGUAACUACUUUAAUAUCGAGCAGUCCGAUAUUGAUGUAUUCUAUCAAAACUUUAGUUCGCAACAUCCCAAAACAUCCAAUGGCAAAUAUAAGCGAAUAAGUGAUUUUCUUAAAGAAUUCUAUCCACAAUUUGAAGCACACCAAGACGAUGAAAAUUGUCUCAGUUCUUCAGAUUACAUAUACAUCUAUUCCAUAUUGCUCCAUUUCUCCUGUGUCAAACAUCCACACACUAUAUUCCAUGAGAUAUGUCAACGUUUACCCAUACAUGACCAACAAUGUAUAGCUUCAUUUUUUAAGGAAUUACUCGAUGUAGAAUCUCCCGACAAGGAGACAUUGCGUCAUGCGAUAGGACAUGUUGUUAGCACACAUGUGACACCGCCACGACAACGUAAUGAUUCGUUCUCAAGCAAUCAAUCGGUUAGUAGUGGCGUUAGCGUAGGAGGUAUGGGAAGUGGAAGUGGAGGCAGCGGUGGAUCUGUUGCUGGAAGUCUCAUCAGUAACAGCCUAUUAUCGCCAGGUAUUGGUCGUUGUGAUUCACCAUUGAAAACUCCCAAACGCUGCGCGGGAACGCAACGAAUUUCACCGACAACACCCAAAUCGAAUUUGCUCGAAGAGCGUACUCGUGAAUUGUUUAAUUUAAGGGCCCAGCUGGAAACGGAACGUUAUGAAAAGGGUCUCUUGGAGGUACAAAUCAAACAAAACGAGGAUAAAAUCCUUAAACUAAAUCAAGACAACAAGAAGUUACUUCACCAAAUCCAAGAUUUGAAAAAUGACUUAUUAGUUAGUACCAGUGAUUACAGCAGUUCCACGAAUGAAGACGAUGCUAAAUCUCAGUUACAAAAACGCCUUCUUAAGGAAAUAUCUGCAAAAGAAGAUGAGAUCUUUAAACUUAACGACAUUGGACGCACACUACGUGAAGAGAAAUCCUUAAUUCAGGAAAAGCUAAGCUAUGCCGAAAAACAGAUCGUCAUAUGCAUGAGUCGCAUAACUGAAUUGGAAUUUAAAAUUGAAGAAUUGAAUGAAGAAAUAGAGAAAAAGAAUAACACCAUCAAAUACCUAACGGAUAAUAAGAUGGAACUUGAACAAUUCAUCAAUGAGAAUCGUUUGGGUAAUACGAACAGUGAUCUAAAUGGUUCCAUGGAAUGUUUCGAUGGCUCAUUUGCCCGCAACAUUGGCAAUAACAAUGCCUCGAGUAACCUAAGCAGCCCGGAAAAUUUGGGAGCCUCUGUCAUUGACAUACAACUGCGAGAAAAGGAACAUGAAAAUUCCAAACUCAAGGAAGAAUUAGAAAUGGUCAAAGAUGAGCAUAAACGUUUAGCUAAAAAUUUGCAAGAAUUGGCUGAAAAACAAGCCAAGGAGUUUGAUAUAGUCUUGGAGCAAAGCAUUUAUGUGGAAUCGGAAAGCGAAAUGUCACCAGAAGAAUCUUCUAUACAAAGUGAUCCUUUGGGGCAGCUAAGUUUAUUCUCCAAUUGCAUGGAGAAAAUAACCAGCUACCAUAAAAUGGAGAAGAAGAGAAUUCAAGAAUUGGAGGCAGAAAAUGCCGAUCUAUCCCUGCAAGUGGCAGAUGGCAAUGAGGAAAUUUUGCGUUUGAAAACUAAAGUCAAUGAGAGGGAAACGGAAAACAAAGCAUUGCUAGAAGCCAUGCACAAAUGCCAUUUGGAGUUGGAUCAGUUGUUGGUGCAAAAGCAGGAUCUCUAUAUUGAAUUACAAAAUACCAUGGCACUUAAAGAUGGCUUAAGCGAUUCGCUGGAAUCCUUAAAAGAGAAAAUGGAUUUGAGUGCCAAAACCCAUCAGGAGUUGAGCCAAAGUAAUUCGCUACUCCAAACGCAGUUGGAUGAGUUGUUGGUCCAACAAAAGGACUUGAUCGCAAAUAGCAAUCGUCUAGAAUUUGACUACAAGGAAUUGCAGAUGAAAUCUUUGCAAGAAACACAGGAAUAUGAAAUGCAUUUAAAGACUUUAGAAGUCGCUAUGGAAAACCUUGAGUCUGACAGAAAUACUUUGAAAAUGCAAUACGAAGAGUUGGUCAAGGAGCAUGGGGAGCUAACAACAGAGGCUCGUAAAGCAGAUGAUCAUUUGCUAGAAAUGAAAAACCUUUUGCAAGAGAAACAACAGGCAAUCGAAAAACUGGGAAAUGAAAUCACUGAGUUUACAAAGAAAAACCAAAAACUGGAGGAGAAAAUCAAUACCACCAUGCAAGAAUUCGAACAGGAAAAAUAUAACCAUGAAGUGGCCCAAAGUAAUUCCCAAGAAGAGAUCAAGGCAUUAGAAGAUGAGAAGGAAAAAUUGCAAAAAGACAUAGAAAAUUCUAGUGCCCUUAACAAGGCCUUGGAAGAGAAAAUGUCGUUGCUUAUGCAUGAUUAUGAACAGGAAAAACUUAAGCAUGAAAAUAGUAGGGAAAAAGUUCUAUCCUUGGAAGAAACUCUGCAGAAAAUGCAACAAGAAUACCAACGUGAGACAGAAAAACAGCAGCAAGAAAUCUCGGCUAGCAUGCAAAAGAAUCAGAAUCUGUUCGAGCAAAUUGAAAACAUGAAGCUAGUGGCCAUGCAAGAAAAACAGGCUCUGGAAAGCUUGCAAACUCUCCAUCAUGAGGAAGUCAAAUCCUUGGGAGAUAAUUUCAAUAAGUUACGCAUAGAGAAACAAGAAGAGAAUGAAAAAUUGCUACUGGACAUAAGGGAGUUAAGCAACAAGAACAAAACUCUAGAAAUCCAAUGGGAACAGGAGAGACUUAACUACGAAAGCUUAAAAACCCAACAUCAACGAGAAAUCGAGAAACUAGCAGAAGAGUAUACUAGCCUACAAUGUAUGCUAGAGGAAACCAAGGAGUUGCUUAACCUUAAAACCCAAGAGAGUAACGAAAGGCAACAAUUGCUGGCCGACCUGUAUAUGAAAAUAAAACAAAUUCUGCAACUAUUCGAAACCGAUAGCAUUCAGCAAGAUAGUUUGGAGAAUAUCAAAAAUCUGGAGCAGGAAGUCAAGAAGCUGUUGCAACAAAAUAGUGACUUAACAAUGCAAUUGAAGGCCCUGGAAAUGACACAAAACCAUGAUUCUAAGAGAAUGCAGCAGUUGCUAAAUGAGCUGGAUGAAAGUAAUAUGAAGAUAACUAAUCUUCAAUCCACAUUCGCCCAAAUCAAUGAAAAAGCCAAAACUGAGCAACAGGAGCUCGUGGAGAAAAUGCAACAAGCCUCCAAAGAGUAUGAAAACUCCCUGGAGGCUAUGCGUUCGGAGUUAACACUUGAGAAGGAGCAUCAUACCACCAAGGAACGAGAAUUGUUACUGGUCAUUGCCCAACACAAUGAAGUGAAGAAACUGCUAAACGAAAAGGAGCUGGAAAUUGAAAAGCUCAUGGAAACCCUAACAGUUGUGCAGGAACAAAACAAAAAAUUGAAAUUAUACGAGUCGCGAAUUACCGAAUGUUCACAGGAGAAUAAUCACCUGCAGCAGGAAAUUGAAAGUUUCAAACAACAAGUGCAUCAGAAUGCUAUGCGGCUCUUGGAAGCCGACAAAGCCCUUUCGGAAUUGUUCGAUAUAACCAAGGAACAAGAGUCCAUAAAAAAGGAAAAUUGGAGUCUACAAGAGACUCUCAGCGAAAAGGAGAAUGCUUUGCAAUCAGCCUUGGAGAUUCAACAAGAUCUGGAGCGCCAGCUGCAAGAGCAAAGCGAAGCCAUUGAUAGACUUUCAGAGACCUUGGCCAAAUUUGAACAACGCAAAGAUACGCUGGAUAAACAAAUCCAAAGGGAACAAGAGGAGAAGGCUUUACUCAUAGAGUCCUUGGAAAAACAAGCGGAUCAAUUGAAAUCUUUGGAGGAUGACAGUAAACAGCAAAAGACCAGCAUGCAGGAAAAGUACUCUGAACUCAAACAACAGCUGGAGGAGCUGACUGUGCAAAAUACCAAAUUGCAAGGUGAUUUGUUGGAACGUGAGGCUGAAUUGCGCAUGAGCCUGGAGGAUCGUGAGCAAGAACGGGAAGGCUUUGAGCAGGAAUUGAAUUUGCUGCGUAAACAAAUGUCUGAGACCUCGGAACAAUUGGAAAACUUUGAUAUGGCUUUAAUGGAGAUAUUGGUCAUUAUGGAAAAUAAUUUCAACUUAAAGCAUGAACUACAGCAGCAGGUCGAAGUGAAGAAUUUUUUCAACACCACCACAGACUGCAACGAGCAGGACCAUAAACUUAAUAAUUUGAGAGGAAAUCUAAAUCUCAUCUUACAUUUGGAUAAGCAAAUUAGAACACAGCUCAAGGAGCUCAACCUCAAACACAACGAGGCUUUGGCUACUUUGGAAAGCACCCUAAAAACCAACUCCAAUCUGCAGGCCAAGAUAGCCCAACAAGAAAAGCAGUUGACAGAGCUACGAGAACAAGUGGAGAAUGACGAGAUCAUAGCAGAGAAAAGAGUGUCUCAAGAAAUUCUACGUCUGGAGGAGGAUCUUCUGAAUUUGGAAAAGGUCAAUGAACGUUUAACCCAUGGCAAUUUGCAAUUGCAAGAAACCAUGAGCAUCCAAGAAAAGGAUCUCAAAAUGGCCAAUGCCAAGCUGCACAAAUUGGAGGAGGAAAAACUAAUGCUCAAAGAGGAGAUAUGCACCAAAACCACCCUGCUUGAAAAACUACAGCAAGAGGAAAAAUCUUUGCAACAGCUUAUCAAGGAAAAAACUCAAACUCAAGAAAAGAUUAUGGAAAAAUGUAAGCUUUUGGAGUGUCAGCUCAAAGAGAAAUCCACAAAAUUGCAACAUCUAGACAAGCAGAGUGGGGAGUUUAAAGAAAAAUUGCAUAAAGAGGAAAAGAAAAAUGAAGAGCUGCGACUUGAACUGAAAUCACAACAAACAGAACAGGCCAAACUGCAAGAAAAGCUGAAGUUAGUGCAAGCCGCCAACGACUCCCUGGAAACUGAAGUGUCCAACAAAACCAAAGAACUCUUGGGCAUGAAUCAUCGAAUCUCCGAACUUUUGCAAUCUCUCAAAAACAUUGAACAACAAUUGCAAGUGACCACCCGUAAACUGGACGAGUCGGAAACCCUAAAGCUGAACAGCGAAAGCAGUCUGCAACAAAUGCACUCGGAUGCCCAGCAAUUGCGUCGUGACAUCGACUUCCUUAGGGCUCAACAACAAACUGCCUCUGAGGAGAACAAUCGCCUGGGCAAAGAAAUCGAAAGUUUGAAACAGGACAAGCAACAUUUGCGCGAAGAAAUUCGCGAUACCAAAUCCGACUUGCAGCGGGCCAAUGAUAAUGUCACCCAACUGAUACAACAAAUUUCCUCCAUACGUCUGGAAAAAGAGGCAGUGGUGGAGGAAAAUUCCUUGCUGCGCAAGCAAUUGGAUGAAACUGGCAAACAUCAUUCCAGCUCCGAGAAUAAACUCAAAUUUAUUGUGGAGAAAUCUCAAGAUUUGGAGAGGAAACUGUUGGCUGCAGAAAAUGAACUGAAAUCCGUUAAGGCAACUUUGGAGAAACGUGAAGCCACUGCCCAUAAGCUAACCGCAGAAAAUAAAAAACUGAAGGAAUCUCAGGAAAAUGCUACCAAGAGAAUCGAAAAGCUGGCCCUUAAGCUAGGCGACUCUCAGGCCAAGGGCACCAAACUCGAAAGGGACAAUGAGAAAUUGGCCAAAACCCUAGAAGCCAAUGCCACCACCCUAGAUGCUUUGCAAAAGGAAAAGGACAUACUGCAAAACGAAGCCAAGGCCCUUAAAGAACGUCUAUCUCGUGCCGAGAGAGCUCAUGAAAAUCUAGCCACCAAAGUACAAAACCUGGAACAAAUUAAUGCUGAACUUCAGGAAACCAAACAAAAACUGGAAGCUUCAGAAAUCGAUGGAAAAACCAAACUAAAUAAACUAGAAAAAAUGCGUCAAUCGAAUGAGGAAAAAAUGCGUAAAUUGGCCAAUUCUCUGAACAAUGCCGAAAAUGAGAAUGUGAAACUGAAUUUGGAAAUAGGUUCGCUCAACUCGGAGCUGCAAGAGGCCAGAGGUCAGGCCCAGCACAACAAUCAAGAGCGGUUACUUGAAUUGGCCAACAAGCUGGAAUUGUCUCAACAGGAGUGCACACACCACCAAGAACUCAAUGAACAACUUCAGCAGGAGUUGGAGCAGUUGAAGGAUGACAAAUUGAAUCUCAGCGAUCAACUUUCAAAAGUCAAUCUCGCUCUACAAAUCACCAAGCAACAUUGUGAGAAACUUUGCUCUGAAAUGGAAGAUAUACGCACCGAGCUUCUUGCCAUGCGUGAUGAAAAAUCACAAUUCGAAACGCAACAUGAAACCUCAUCACUCAAACUGAAGGACUUGGAAAUCCAAAAUGACCAUUUGCUACAUGAGCAUAAAAACCUGGUUACCACUCUGGAAAGCCGCAUAGCCACUUUGGAGGAGAAUUUAGGCUCCAAAUGCCAAGAAGUCGAGGUCUUGCAACAAGAAAUACAAACUUUACGCGAUAACUCCGAAUCACAUUCCGCCGUGUUGCAACAAGCUGCCACCAUUUCCGAAACGGAAUUGCAACAAUUACGUAUGAAAAUUUCCCAGACCGAUGAAUUUUUACAAAAGGAACAACAAAUAACUGCCCAAUUGCGUUUGGACAAUCAGAUAUUGCACACCAAAUAUCAGGAGUCCAAACAACGUGCCCUCGAUGCAACCAAAAAUAGUGAGGAACGCAUAAAGGAGAAUCGCUUAGAAUUGGAGGGCAAAUUGGAGAAGAUGAAAAACAAAAUGAAAACUCUCUAUACCGAAGAAAUAACCAAAAUGAAAACGAAACAGGAGCGUGAGUUGGCCGUUAUCAAAUCGGAAAUGGAAAUCUUGAAAAACCAGAAUAUCAAAUAUGAGGAGCACACUCGUAAACUUUCCCAUCAGAUUGUCCGUUUGAAUGAAAAUAUUUUGGAAUAUCAAAAAGAAAAUGCCAUAUUGUCAACCAAAUUUAAACAUUUAAUGGAAACUCAAGAUAAUGAAAAGUUUAAACGUCCCAGUUCUAUACAUGUUUCGACCAUAUCCUCUUCGACCGGUCCAUCGGCAGCCUCUAACACUGGCACUAAUCUAGCCAUGGAAGAUGAGGAGGGUGAGGUUUUUAAUAAUACCUACUUGACAGAUUUGAAAACUGGUCGCAUGUCCGAGUACAUGAGCAGAGAAGUGUGCGCCGAAGAGCUUAAAUAUCGCAACUCUUUGCUACCACCCCAUCUCAGAAGUGCUUAUGCUGCGCAAUAUGAAAGUGAAAUUGGCGAAGAUGAACUGAAAGAUGGCCCUCACAGCUUUGAUGAUAGUAUGAGUGCCUUGCUUAGCACCACAGCUGGUGGUACUCGCAAAAAAUGCAGUGGCGUUACCCACUACAAACGUCCCGGCCCACCUACACCCAGCAAAAAUGGUCGCUUAUCAUUUGGCGGCAUCAGCACGAAUUCUGAACCUGCGCGCGAAAUACUUAAAGAAUCCUUUGACAGUGGUGCCAAUGCAGUUGCUGCUGUGUCUUCAUCCUCUUCCAAGACCCCAGCUCGUUUUAAUUUUUUUGCAUCGCGCUUUAGCAUGGGAAAUGCCACCAAAGAUGAGAAACCUCUCAAUAAACCCAAUGUGGAUGAGGAACAUUUCAAAAAAGAUAAACAAAAGCUUGCUGUCACAAAGGCGGCCAUAAAUCGUCGUUUAUUAGGCGGAGUGGUGUGCACCUCUACACCACGCAAGAGUAAACUGCACUAUGACCAAAGACGUUUAUUGGAUCAAUUAUUGACCUCUUCACCUUCACCCUCCCCCUUGACUUUGGAUAAUAAGGCUGUGAAGUUGGCAAAGAAAAUUACUCCACCGGAUGUGAGUUACAUUGAAACUCCGGUAACGGCAUUGGUGUACCAACACUCUCCCACCAUCAUAAAGGCUCCAAGUCGCAAACAACCAACCAAACGAAUAGAGGCGAUAGCUACGGGCUUGAAAAAUAAACGUCGCAAUUCCUGGAUUUAUGGCAGACGUCUGUCGAGGCGUGUUGAAGAAAUUUGUACACCCACCAGUGGAGAGACUACUUCAUCGGCCUUUUCAAAUACCCCCAAAAAUAAGGCUAGACGGCAGACUAUUGGCUCGGCAACCACAACAACUUCAGGGGGAAGGGUAUCACACAAAACGGUUAUACUGCAAAAACGUCUCACCAAAAAGAAGCCAGCGAAGGAAAGAAAUGCUCGACCCUCGCUACACUUGAAAGGGGGAAUUUUCAUUAAAUAUCGUACCCACUGCCAUAAGGGCAUCCAGCAAAAUCAAAUGAGAUGUAAAUCCAGAAAGCAGCGCCUGGAUCAUUUUAACCAGGCACGUGAUUUAAGAUCGUUCCAAGACAUUGUAUCGCCUGAGGGGCAAAAUCUUACCUUUGAUAUAAGUUGCAACAACAACUAUGCCACCUUUAAUCGUAAUAAGUUGGGGCAAACAGUGAUUCUUAAAGACGUCAAGCAGGAGGAAGAGGAGCUGACUGAGGUGGAAAAUGAAUCCUUUGUGAGUGGCUCUGAAGUCUUUGCUUGCCAUACUCAGGAUGCCAUUGAUUGUUAUCCCUAUAAUGUUUGUGAAUAUGACACGGAUGAAGCCAGUGACAUCAAAACUGAUGAACAGGAGGACAGUCUUAGCAAGGAAGAGAAAAAUAAUAUUAAAAAAGAACUCAUAACAUCUUUCGAUUUAGAGCAGUUCGAUAGAUAUGUCAGCGUGGUAGCCAAAGCUAGCAAAAGCAAGGAUAGCACCACCACAUAUGCCUCCAAUGGCAGUUCGGAGCAAUUUGAAAAACUUGUUUUGGAAACAGAAUCAAGUGCUCCCUUUGAAGUUAAGCGCAUACAGUUUAAUGUCACUGGCAGUAGCCAGUCAUCAUAUAUGCCUCAAUCGCAGGAGACAAGACAAAUUCUAUUAACCACCAAUUCCAAUGUGACACCUUCGCCUAUAGAUUUAAGGGAGGGUCCAACUCAUCACAAUGUCAUAGUGGAUUCGCCGCCCCUACAUAAUUUCUCGCCCAAUAGCAAUCCGGGUAAUCUAUCGCGUAUCAUCUAUGGAGGCACUGUUAUCUAUAAUCGACGCUUGCCCAACAUUAACACAACGUACGUGCGCAAAUCCUCGAUUUAUAUUCAAAAUAAAAAUCACAACUUAUCCUGCGAUUCUAUGGCAGGCAAUGAUGUCAUUUUGAUUACCAAUCAAACGAUUACGGUGGCCGAUUUGGCUCGCAUGUGGAAGCAAAUGGAUAGUUCUGCACGCUUGAUAGUGAGUUUUGCUGCCCUGGCCUCAUUUACAACAUUGCUGGGAUUAUUUUUGUCGUUUUAUGCCAAAAACUGAGGGGAUAAAAAAAAAACAACACUUUAAAGUUUUGCAAACAAAGUAAUCGCCAAGGAAAAGCCAUUUAAAUGGCAUUCGCUACAUAUUAGCCGAAAUUGAGUUUCAGCAUAUGGCAGUGAAUAGUGCCAUACCAAGUAAAGCUUUUCAAAUAUUAGGAUGUGUGUUUAAUUAAUGUCAUUUUGGUUGUAUUCGUUACUUAAAGAAGUAGCUAUAACUUUGUCGUU